CACAAACAGGUCAUGUGAUUUAUGAGGGUGACUGACGAUAGAAACGAAAGUUGGGAGAAAUAGUAUCGUAAGUUUUCCUGUUGCUGUUGUAGUUUAUAUUCACAGGAAAAAUAACAUGGCAUCUAAACUGAACAUAUUGUGUGGUCCAUGUGGAUAUAAAGAUGUCUCGAAAAACGCAAAGAAAUGGUGUACCAUAUGUGAGGAGGGAUUCUGUGGAGAAUGUGAAAAAAACCACAAAUCUUUGAAAGUUACGAGGAAUCACAAUAUAAUUUCUAUCGAGGACUAUCGUCAAAUAGAAAAUAUUUCCGUAAAUCUGAACUGUGAGAUUCAUGGUAAAAAGCUAGAUCUAUACUGCAAAAAGCAUGAUAUUGCGGUAUGCGUAGUCUGUAUUCCUUUAGAACAUAAAUCCUGUUCCUCUUCUGACGUCAUCUCCAUUGAUGACGCAUCAAAAAACGCUAAACAAUCAACUUCACUCUUAGACUUAGAAGGAACUAUCUCAACAACGAUAGACAACAUGAAACACUGUAUCAAAGACCGAGAAAUGGCGUUGCAAAAUGUGGACCAAGAUGAACAAACAAUACGUAAAACGAUUACAGACACACGGAAGAAUUUAAAUGAAUACUUGGAUAAACUGGAGAGAAAACUGCUUCUAGAUUUGAAAUCAAAACAUGGAAACUGUAAAUCUGAAAUCUUGAAAAUUCUUAAUAAAUUGAGGCAAAUGGAGAAAGAGGUAGAAAAACUGAAAGAGCAGACGAUUCAAAUGAAAAGUUUUGCGUCUGACCUACAAGUAUUUCUAGGAACGCGCCAUUUAAACAUAACAAUGAGAAAAAAGAUUGAAUUACUCAAAGAAGAGAUCAGAAAUUGUACGAAAAACAGAAUGGAGAUAGAGGUCAAUCACGUGAUCAACUCCUUAGUGAAUGAGGUAAAACUGUUUGGAGAAAUCAAAGUUAUGGAAAGUACGGCCAAUCUACAAUUAAAAGAUGCAAAGAUCGACCAGGCUCAGAUACAGAUACAUGGAUUUUCGCGAAGUAUUCAAAAUGUCAAUCUGAAGCUGAAACAGAAGUUUGAUAUCAAAGGAUCAAACCAGGUUGUCACUGGCUGCAUUGUAUUACCAGACGACCGAAUCAUAAUUGCAGACUAUAAUGGAUGUAGUAUAUUAAAGGAAUACAAUAACAAUGGUCAACACAUACGUGACAUUCCUGUCUCUGGUAAACCACAUAGUCUUACAUUAGUGGAUACCGACCGUAUUGCUGUUACAUAUGGAACAUACCUGGAGAUUAUAAACACUAAGAAUACUAGUGAAAGGAAGAGGGUGAAUUGCAGUAGUUACUGCUUUGGAAUAUCUUACCAGGACCAGAAGCUGUAUGUUGUUGUAUAUGAACAAGGCAUAGUAGUGAUGGACUUGAAUGGGAAGACUUUAAAUACAAUCGAUAUCGAUGUUUCAGAGGUGUAUAAUAUAACAACGACCAGUGACAGGAUAUACUACACAAACUACAACAGUAAUACAGUACAAUGUUGUAGUAUGACUGGACAAACAAUAUGGGUAUUCAAGGAUCGGUCUAUUACCACACCGAGAGGGAUAUCAGUGGAUCAUAAUCAGAACGUCUAUGUUGCUGGUGAAAGCUCAAAUAACCUCAUAGUAAUACAACAUGACGGGAAAGAUAGCAAAGUCUUACUUACUAAUCGUGAUGGACUUAAAUCUCCUUAUGCAGCGAAUUACAACAAACAAAAGAAGGUUAUCUGUUUAAACUACAAGACAGGAAGCAUCGCAUUGUACCAAGUGGCGUGAAAAUGCCUGCGCACAUUAGAUCGAUGGCUUAAGUGUUUGUUAUUGUCUGUCCUACAUUAAGUAUUUAAAUGAAGCUAGAUUUUUAUUUUAUUUUAAGAGACGAACAUAUCGCAUUGAAUAAAUUAAUGUGAUUAGAUAUAGGAAGAUGUGGUGUGAGUGCCAAUGAGACAACUCUCCAUCCAAAUAACAAUUUAAAAAUUAAACCAUUAUAGGUUAAAGUACGGCCUUCAACACGGAGCCUUGGCUCACACCGAACAACAAGCUAUAAAGGGCCCCAAAAUUACUAGUGUAAAACCAUUCAAACGGGAAAAUCAACGGUCUAAUCUAUAUAAACAAAACGAGAAACGAGAAACACGUAUAUAUUACAUAAACAAACGACAACUACUGUACAUCAGAUUGUUUUUUAAAUUCGAAUAAAUACUGUGGCUAAAAAUACUUAGUUUGUCACAUGAUAACACAUUACAAAAACAACUGUAUAUAGUUGACUGACUUGUUUGUAGUACACAUAAAUAAAUGUAACAUGUAGACUUUCAGAUUAGAUUUAAUACAUUUAUAAAUCAGAAUAUAAUUUUGCAUUUUUAGAAACAGUAAUUUAUCUCACCAACAAUCAUUAACAAUACAUUUCAUAAAUAGCCUUAUGUAUCCAAUAUUAAGACGAGGAGAUAUGUAAAAAUGUCAAUCAGACAACUUUCCAUAAGAGAACAACAGACGAUGAUGUUAACAACUAUAGAUCAUCGUACAGUUUUUAAUAAUGAACAAAACCCAUAUUCAUACUGUAAAGUACUAUACUAUAAUGACACCGACAUGAAAAUAAAAGUGAAAUGAUUCAUAAAACAAACCGUUCUGACUUAUGACUUUACACUAACAACACAUAGAUUUGAGUUUUCUUUUUUUAUUUGUAAAAUCGUAUUGGUAUUUUCCAGGUGAGAUAUACCAUCCAUUAAGAAUGUCUUAAUUUAGGGAGCAGAAUGAGCGGCGUAGCGGAACAAAUGUAUCUAAUUUCCCAAAUGCCACCAUUUAGCACUAAUAAUAAGUAGUCGUUUAAAAACAAAAGUUAUCCCAAUUUAUGUGAAUCGUUUCCAGCAUAUUUAUUUUUUGACAAGUUUUUUUUUAUGACCACAAAAACUUUAAAUCUACAUUAAUUCAUCUAACAAUUCCACAUAAAAUAUUCUUCAGACACCUAACCAAAUCACAAAAGAGUGAAUAAUGCUCGGAAAAACAAUGCAAAACUGACAAAAUCAAGGCAAAAUAACUAAAAAUUCGAAUAUACACUUACAACAUGCUACAAAACACUAGAUAUGGAACUAAAGAAUGAACAACAGGAACCCGAACGAAAACUUUGAGUGAUCUUAGAGACCCUAGGAGGAUUAAUCAGAUUAUGCCUUACGUGUGUCACCUUUCGUACUGCUCAUAGUAGCAACAUAACUUAACAGAGUUCCAUAUCCCUUGCAUGUUAAAGAAACCCUUGUACAUUUUGAAAAAGAGCAGGCUAAUACUGCUACAAGGCAGCACUCGCACCUGCUGAGUGAAAAGGGAUUAAUGUAAGUUGAAAAACUUUUUUCUCAAAUAUGUUUUACUAAACUAAACUAACAACAUAACUAACAUUCGACAAAAAGAAUGUAAAAGAAAAACAGACAUCAACGUUAGUAAUGGAACUGCUGAUAUCUUUCACAACUAUGUGAUAGCCUUUUAUUAUAUACUCAUCUUUUGUAUCACAUAGCCGCAUAUUAAAUCAAGUAAUAUGUUAUUAGAUCAAUAGCUUAAAUAUUGUUAGAAUUUGUUUUAAGAAACUUGGUAAAUUUCUUAUAUUUAAUUCCAAGAGAAAAUACAUUGUUGCAAAAGUCUUCAUUGUGUUAAUAUACUAAUUUAAUUAAUGUAUGUAUUCACAAUGCUUGUUAUAAAAUUGUCACUACAGUAGUCCAAUGGAAAACACAAUAUUUGUUUU